AUGCUGUCCCGUCAAUCUGUUCGUUGUGCUCACGCUGCCGCUGCUCGUGCUUCUGCUAGCACGAAGGGCGAGCAAGUAACCAAAUUGACGAGCGGACUCACCGUUGCUUCGGUGGAUCAUCAUGGUCCCAUUAGUCAGCUUGUGCUCCUCUUCCGCGCUGGAUCCCGUUAUGAAGGACCAAACCAGCAUGGUCUUGUGCACCAUCUGCGUAACUCUGUGGGCACGGACUCUGCUCAGUAUCCUGGUUUGAGUCUUAUCUGGAGCUCAGCUGUCAGCGGAGGACACGUGAAUGCCUUUUCGACACGUGACGUGUACGGUGUAUCCCUGGCAUUACCUCGUGAUGAGACCUCCGUCGGGAUUUCAAUCCUUGGGCACAUCGCUCAACCGGCUUUCAAGCCUUGGGAGGUUGAGGAUAUUACACCAACGUUGAAGGUUGACAGCGCCUACAGACAAGCUUAUGAUGUUGCAUAUGAAGACUUACACCGUGCCGCGUACCGUAAUGGAUCACUAGCACGAUCCGUUUACGCACCUAGUACAACUAUCGGCAAAAUCAGUUACAAAGCCCUGGCUGACUUUGCUGCCAAGCACCUCACUACAGGACAAGCAGUUCUCUACGGUUUGAACAUCGAGCAUGAUCGUAUGGUGCAGUACGGCGAAAGUCAUGCUCCACUCAACAAUGGGCAGAAAGUAGACGCUACUCCCAGCCCAUACAAGGGUGGUGAAUGGCGACGUCCAAGUGGUGGAUCAUUGGCACAUGUUUUACUCGCCGGUGAAGGCGCACCUUUGAGCAAUGCGAAAGCGAUGGCUGUCCAAGCAGUUUUGCUAUCGGCUCUUGGAAGAUCGUCGGCUGUCCAGUUCUCUGGAUCUCCCGGACACAGUGCUGUUUCAAAGGCUGUUGCUGGAAAUGGAGCUGUGUCAGCUUUCCAAGCCUCCUAUCAUGAUAGUGGACUUGCUGGUGUUUAUCUUGUUGCCGAUAGUACUCACAUUGCGAAGGCUGUCAAUUCUGCAGCUUCUGCUAUUAAGAACUUCAAGUGUAGUGAUCUCGAAGCCGCAAAGCGUUGUGCUACGAACGAACUGCUUCGUGCAUCCGCCCAUACGUACCCUACCGCCAUUGAACGUGCCACGCAGAUUCUUGCUGGAUUGACGAGCGAUGGAGCUAUUGUUGAGGCUAUCCAACAGGUGACUGCUAGUGACGUCGAAGCGGCUGCGAAAAAAAUCUCGAGCAAGUUCUCACUCUCCUGCUACGGAAACAUCGAUGAAGUCCCGUAUGUGGACACCUUGUAG